CUCAGUGCGAUGAAGAAGCAGAACGUACGGACACUCUCCCUUAUCCUGUGCAUGUUCUCCUAUCUGCUUGUGGGAGCCGCGGUGUUCGACGCGCUCGAGUCGCAGUCAGAGAGCUCCAGAAAACGGAUUUUAGAACAGAAGCGCAGCGAGAUGAAGAGAAAGUAUCGCUUCUCUGAGGACGACUACCGGGAGAUUGAGCGUGUGGUGCUGCAGGCAGAACCCCAUCGUGCUGGAAGACAGUGGAAAUUCGCGGGGUCUUUUUACUUUGCGAUUACCGUCAUCACCACCAUAGGUUAUGGUCAUGCAGCUCCAGGAACCGACGCUGGCAAAGUGUUCUGCAUGUUCUAUGCAGUUCUGGGCAUCCCUCUCACAUUGGUGAUGUUCCAGAGUUUGGGAGAGAGAAUGAACACGUUCGUACGAUUCCUCCUUCACAGGACCAAGCGCUGCUUGGGCUUCCGGCAUACAGAGGUCUCCAUGGAGAAUAUGGUCCUCGUUGGAUUCUUGUCCUGUUUGGGUACCUUGUGCAUUGGGGCAGCUGCUUUUUCCCAUUUUGAGGGAUGGACUUUCUUCCACGCGUACUACUAUUGUUUCAUAACGCUCACCACCAUUGGGUUUGGAGACUUUGUGGCUUUGCAGAAGACUGAGGAUCUUCAGAAAAAGACACACUAUGUAGCGUUCAGUUUUGUGUACAUCUUGGUUGGUCUGACGGUGAUUGGGGCAUUUCUGAAUCUUGUGGUCCUGCGUUUUCUGACCAUGAACAGCGAGGAUGAGCGACGGGAUGCGGAGGAACGCGCCUCACUCAAGAGGAGUCGGAACCUCGUCACCUUGAGACACAGCAGGGACAGGCACAGCCACAGUCACAGCACGCUGUUUUUACCGAUGGAAGAGGGCACCAGCCGCACCAACCUCAUCCCCUCUCCAGUGGAGGACAGAGACAGGGGAUCCCAUUCACAGAGGUCACACCUAUACCAACACCCACCCCUCCAUCUCCACCUUCCCCUACCCUUAGAGGCACCUCCGGUCCGAUCUCGGCGGGAAUCCCGGCUUGGAUCUCUCUGUUCCUGCAUGUGCUACCAACUGGGCCUCUGCGACAGUCCUGUUCAGUCUCAACAUGUUCGCCAUGGAUGCCACACCAACUCCGUUUACUACAACUCCAUUUCCCACCGGAUACAAGGAUCAUCCAGCACCAAGGACAACACAGGGUUUUCCUCCCCAAGCAGUGCAUUUUCCCCUGGGCACAGUUUCAGAGAAUAUUAUCAUUCACGGAGGAAGUCUGUUUAG